AUGGAAGCUGUGCGCGGCAUCGAGUCCCUGGCUGGUGGAGAUGGCCGGCAUCAUGUUUCCCAUACCCUUGGGACGACCCUGCUGAUCUCGGUGGGGUACAUCGAUCUCGGCAAGUGGGUGGCCGCGGUUGAUUCCGGGGCUCGCUUUGGCUACGACCUCGUGCUACUGGUGCUCUUCUUCAACUUGUCCGCGGUUCUCAAUCAGUAUCUCUCAACUUGCAUCGGCAUGGUCACCGGCAAGAAUCUUGCACUGAUUUCCCGCCAGGAGUACAGCCAGUUCAUAUGUGUUGGCCUUGGUCUCCAUGCAGAGAUAUCUUUGUUUACUUCAGAACUAACCAUGAUUUUGGGCAUAGCAGUUGGAUACAAUCUUGUAUUUGAUCAGGAUGAUUUUAUCACAGCCAUUAUUUUUGCAUGUCUUGUAAUUAAUGUGCUGCCAUAUAUUUUCUCCCCUAGGGACAAGAGGAUGGCUGGAACGUUAAAUGCAUGCAUAGCUGGCUUUACGAUUCUUUGUUUUGUGCUUGGUUUAUUAAUCAGUCAACCAGAGAUUCCCCUCCAUGUGAAUGUGAUGUUCCCUAAGUUGAGUGGUGAAAGUGCUUACUCAUUGAUGGCACUUAUGGGUACAAACAUAGUGUCCCACAAUUGUUAUGUACAUUCGUCCAUUGUUCAGGUUCAGAGGUCUCAUGUUCAUAGCCUCGGUGCCCUGUUUCAUGACCACCUUUUUUCUAUAUUAUUUACUUUUACUGGGGUCUUUCUUGUGAACUAUGUUCUGUUGAGCUCAGCAGCGGCGGAAUCUAGUCACAAUGUGAUCCUCACAUUUCAUGAUGCUGUAGAGCUAAUGAACGAGAUAUUUACGAGUUCCAUUGCACCACUUGUGUUCUUAGCAGUUCUUCUCUUUUCGAGCCACAUCAUCACAUUGACAUCUGUUAUAACUAGCCAUGUAGUCACUGAGCAUUUCUUUGGCACAAACUUGUCCCUAUUUGCGCAUCAUGUGCUACUUAAGAUUCUUGCCACGAUUCCUGCCAUCUAUUGUGCAAGAUUAGAAGGCUCUGAAGGGGUAUAUCAGUUAAUCAUUCUUUGUCCAGUAAUCCAGGCAUUUACCCUUCCUUCAUCGGUCAUUCCUAUUUUCCGCAUUGCCUCAUCAAUGUCAAUAAUGGGCAACUACAAGAUAUCUCUAUAUGUUGAAACAUUAGCCUUUAUUGCAUUCUGUCUUACGUUAUUUGUAAAUAUCAUCUUCGCGGCGGAAAUCAUGUUUGGUGAGAGCGCCUGGACAAACAACCUGAAAGGGAACACUGAAACCCCGGUGGUAAUACCACAUAGUGUACUGAUCCUCAUGUCUUGUGCAUCUAUUGCUUUUGCACUCUUCCUGGUUGUUACUCCACUAAAUUCAUCAAGUAGGGAAACUGAAACACAUGACUUGUGUAUGGACUCUCAGAGAGAAGCACCAGAAGAAAUUCAAAGGUAUUCCAGCUACUGA